AUGCUUGGAAGUUGUGUUUCAGGAACUCUGGAUAUUUUCGUGCCCGGAACUCUUUUCUCGAUUUUUCACAUGACACUUCCAAUUUGCCCGGUUUAUUUGGGAAUUUUGAUUUUGAGAAGAAAAAUUGUUCGGAGUUUGGAGGCCAAAGAUUUCAGGGUGACCAAGGAGACCAGGAAGUUGCAGAAACAAUUGUUGAGAGUGAGUCAGAGCUAACUAUUCGGCUGAACAAUGCUCCAAAAAUUCCCACAUUUCCAGGUGCUCACCAUUCAAGCCUGUCUCCCCUGCGUCUAUCUAAUUGCAGUGCUCUCUUACACAAUCGGUCAACUCGGAUUAUUCCAUCAUCCAAUUCUCGAAUAUCUAACUUUCACUAUCUUUAUGCUCAUCCCAAUCACAUCUCCUUUGACAUAUUUCAUCUACGUUACUCCGUAUCGUCGUUGUUUUCAGAGAAUUUUUUCGAAAAGGCGGCAGAAUUUGGUUGUAGUAGCAACUUUGAAUAGCUCGACUCUUUGA